AUGGUCAAUGAGGCCUUCAAUUUCACGAUACAACAUGGGAGUGAGGAUAUCACAACAAUCGAACAUGCAGAAGAUGAUGAAGACGUGUUACCGAGCUUGUGUGAAGGUCCAAGUCGUGCGGCGCGGGAUUUUAACGAUCUACUGUCAGAUGGAGAACAAGAGUUAUAUCCCGGAUGCUCAAAGUACUCCAAAUUAUCGUUUUUAGUGAAGCUUUAUCAUAUCAAGUGUAUGUGCGGUGUGAGUGACAAGGCAAUGACAAUGAUUCUUGACUUACUGCGGGACGCAUUCGAACAAGCAAAACUUCCGAAUACAGUGUAUGAAGCCAGGAAGACAAUAAGAAAGGUGGGUAUUGAAUACGCCAAGAUAGAUGCUUGUCCAAAUGAUUGUAUGUUGUACCGAGGUGAUGAUGCGAACCUGACUAGGUGCAAGAAAUGUGGGUGUUCAAGAUGGAAGCAGAAGACUAAAAAGGGCUCUAUUCUUAGGCUCAACGUACCAGUGAAGAGAAAUGGAAAACCUAUAGCAGCCAAAACCUUUCGUUACUUUCCCCUCAUACCACGACUGCAGCGGUUAUUCAUGUGCAGCAAGACAUCGAGUGAUAUGUUAUGGCAUUCACAGGCUUCUAAUAACGAUGGUUUCCUUAGGCAUCCAAGGGACGCUGAAGCAUGGAAAAAGUUUGACGCAAAGUAUACAAAUUUUUCGGUGGAUCCGCGCAAUGUUUGCGUAGCCUUGGCGAGCGAUGGAUUUAAUCCCUUUGGGAAUAUGAGCACAAAGUACUUCAUCUGGCCUGUGAUUCUUAUUCCGUAUAAUCUACCACCCUGGCUUUGCAUAAAGCAGACAUCUUUCAUCCUAUCCACGCUUAUUCCUGGGCCGAAAAUGCCAGGUAAUGACAUAGAUAUUUAUUUGCAGCCUUUGAUAGAUGAGUUGAAGCAAUUAUGGGAUGGCGUUGAAACCUAUGAUGCCAAAGAGGGAAACACUUUCAAGAUGUGUGCGGCACUGAUGUGGACUAUCAGCGACUUUCCAGGAUUGGGAAACCUAUCUGGCUGGAAUACGCACAAUGGAUGCAAUGGCCAGGAUGUGGAUGAAGAUGACUCGCAUUGGAAGAAGAAGAGUGUUUUCUUUGACCUCCCGUACUGGGAGGAUCAGAUGUUGCGUCAUAACCUCGAUGUGAUGCAUAUAGAAAAAAACGUGUGCGACAAUGUAGUCUUCACUAUCUUAAACGAUAGUGGCAAAUCUAAAGACAAUGUUAAAGCUCGCAGAGAUUUACAAUGCAUGGGUAUAAGGCCUAAAUUAUGGCCGGGAGAAGGUGGUAAAUAUCCUUCUGCAAUAUUUGCGAUGUCGAAUUCACAGAGAGAUGUAUUCCUGAAGACUUUGAAGAAUGUGGUUUUUCCAGAUGGUUACUCUAGCAAUGUUGCUCGUUGUGUUGAUUUGCGACAACGCAAGUUAUCUAGGUUGAAAAGUCAUGACUGUCAUAUUCUGAUGGAACAAUUACUCCCAAUUUUAGUGAAGAUUGCACUUCCGAGUCCGGUGUCCAAUGUGAUUGCAAAUUUGUCGUCAUUUUUCCGAGAACUUUGUGGGAAAGCCAUAAACCCUAUGCAGCUUGCUGAGCUUCAGAAUCAUGUUGUGCAAAUCUUGUGUCAGAUAGAAAUGAUUUUUCCUCCAUCCUUCUUCACCGUCAUGGUUCACCUCACCGUGCAUCUCGUUGAUGAAGUUACUCUUGGUGGACCAGUAUAUUAUAGGUGGAUGUAUCCAAUAGAAAGGGCACAACCGGAAGGCUCAAUUGCAGAAGGCUAUUUAUCUGAGGAAAUCCUGACUUUCUGUUCUAGGUAUUUGGAUAAUAUUGAGACUAGAAUCAACCGACCAGGGCGAGUUGAUGAUGAGCCUAUUGACGUUCGUCAUAAUUCAGGGGAAAGUAUGUUCCCAGCUAUUGGAAAGGCAUUAGGGGCUGUAUCGCAUUUCGAACUCAGUCCAAUGGAAAAACAUCAAGCUCAUCGUCAUGUGCUAGUCAACUGCGAUGCCGUGGUUCCGUUCCUUGAGGAAAACACAAAGCGAAGCUUGCAUCAUCAGACAAGGUCACAAGCUAAGAUAGAUAGUGUCGUCCAUGCAGAAUUUCCUCACUGGUUUAAGCAUAAGGUUCUUAUGGAAAGUACGCUUCAAUCGAAAGACCUGCAGUUGCUUGCGUGCGGUCCCAUGAUUCAGGCCAGACGUUUUGGGGCGUACAAUGUUAACGGGUAUAAGUUUAGAACUAUCUCAAAGGAAAACGAGAUGAAAACACAAAAUAGUGGAGUAUAUGUAUCAUCUAAUAUAAGAAGUUAUGCAAGCAUGCGUGAUAAUAGAGUGGCUGUUGGUGGUGUUCCAUAUUACAGAAAAAUUGUAGACAUAAUUGAAUUAAAUUAUAGCUGUUCCUUCACAGUGGUAUUGUUCAAAUGUGUUUGGGUUGAUACCACUACCAGUAGAGGCAUCAAACAAGACCAUUUGGGGCUUACCAGCGUUAAUUUCUCUCAUCCAAUACACACUGGUAAUCGUGAAGAAGAUGAAUUGUACAUAUUGGCAUCAGAGGCUCAGCUUGUAUACUAUGUGGAUGGUGAAGUAGCUAAAGAAUGGAGUGUUGUGGUUCAUGUGAAACCAAGGGAUUUGUAUAACAUGGGAGAAGAGAAUGAAGAAGCUGAAGUUGGUUUUUCUCCACAGCCAAGGUUGAACAUGUCAGCGGAAGGUGACAUUGGAGAUUUACUGUUGACAAGGGAGGAAAAUAUAGGAGACCUCAUAGAAAAUGCCUCAGAGAAUUUUGAUGAUGUCGCGUAA